AUGUCCGUGUUCUUUGUUAAUGCUAAUCAGGAUAGCGAAGUGGAAGGAGAUUCAAAUGGCGAUCUUCAAAUUGCAUCACCAGGUAACUCGGAGGCCCAGCAAGCUUUGACUCAGUUCUGGCCAAAAGUUACUGAAGAAAUCAAAAAGAUCACCACGAUGGAUUUAAAAACCCAAUCUCUACCACUAGCAAGGAUAAAAAAAAUUAUGAAAUUAGAUGAAGAGGUGAAAAUGAUUAGCGCUGAGGCACCUAUGUUGUUUUCGAAGGCUGCAGAAAUUUUUAUACAUGAGCUAACGCUUAGAGCUUGGGUUCAUACGGAAGAUAAUAAGAGAAGGACUUUGCAAAGAAACGAUAUAGCUAUGGCAAUAACAAAAUAUGAUCAAUUUGAUUUUCUUAUUGAUAUCGUACCUAGAGAUGAAUUGAAACAGAGCAAAGCACAGACAGAUAGUACAGUUCGCACAUCCAUGAAUUCUGAUCAAGUACACUACUAUUUUCAACUAGCACAGCAGCAAGCUUCAGCUAAUCAAAAUGUUCAAAAUAAUGGUACAACAACGCAACCUAUACAAAUUGUACAGCCUUCUACAGGGCAAAUUCAAACUAUCAAUAUUGGUAGUCCUGUGGAACAGGAAAGCUCCAACACCAGUACUACUCAAACAGUUACAGUACAAAGUCCGCAGCAAAAUAGUGGUCAGCAAGUUAUCCAACUUCAACAAACUCCAACUUCUCAAACUGGAGGAAUACAAAUUGUGCAACAGAUUGUUACACCUAAUGGAGAAAUCCAACAAAUUCCUAUACAAUUAACACCACAACAACUGCAGAUGAUCCGAAUGCAAGUACAAGGCGGGAGUAAUCAGCCAAUCAUAAUUCAAGCAGCACCUAUACAAGCGCAACCACAGCUUAUUCAAGUAGCGCAAAGUGGCCAGGCUCCUGUGUUCUUACAAACCAGUGGUACAGAUAACGAAUAACGUAGAUCAAUUAUAAACACUCGACUUUUACGUGAAAUGCGAUCAGGUAUUGACUCAAGAUUGUCACCGGCUAUAGCGCGUUAUUCAGACUCCAUUGAAGCGAAGCGAAGUGAACUGAAGUGAAGUAAAGUGAAGAAUAAAGAUAAGCAGCGAACGCAAGAUGUAAUCUGAUUCGUGCGUCGCGUUCUUUGGCUGCGCUAGCUGCUUCGCAUGACUGAGCUCAGGGCUGGCUGGUGCAACUUGUAUUAUGUUUCACGUUGCUGCGGUUCUUGUCUGGCGAGUCUCAGGACUGAGAGCCUUCAACAGCUUGAAAAUGUCGAGUAACAAUAAUUGCAGCGAGAAAAUUUAUUUCAUAUUAAUAUCAAAGCACAUGCUAACGCAUAUCCUUUUUACUCUGAGAAUAACAAAAAUAACGGGUGAGUGAUUCGAUGCGUGACAAGCCAAACAUUUCCUAGAGUAAUAACACGUAUUUUCUUAUCGAUGAUUUAAUAUUAAACAUAAACGAACGUGCCACAAAUUAUAUCAAUGACGAUAUAAACUAAGAAAAUCGGAUUCAGUGGGCCUAAGAUAAAUGUUACUUCAUACAUUUAUAUUCAGCCUUCAAAGAAUUAUUAAUAACUAAAGAACCUUAUUUUUUAAUCAUAAAACAUAAUGUCACGUUAUCAGAGAUCACAGUUUUUGCAUACAGCCACUUUGUAUAAUCCUUACAUUCGUACGGAUAUUCAUAAGUGAAUGAAAAAAAAAUUAAAUGAAUUUUCUUACCGUGGUGACCGGCAUUAGCAUAAUUAUCUCGAGGAUCGAUCGGAAUCCAGGAGAUAUUCAGGAGUUCGUUCUACCUGCGAUUUGUCAUUUAAAAAUUUAAUCCGUUUAAUCUAACAAGGCGCCAAUACAGCCACCAUUUAAGAAUUAUUAUUCAUCCAAAUAGAUAUAAUUCUAAGAAAA